AAGUGAGAGAAAAAGAGAGGCGGUAAAUGUACUUUUGGCUGAAGGCUCCGAAAUGUCCGGAGCCGCCCCUGUCGAUAGGAAGGUUCGAUGUUCGAUUGGCCAGUUGGCGAGUGGUAUAGUGGCUGAUAGUGGCGGAGAGAAGGCAGCAGCAGCAGCAGCAGCAGCAAGCGGGCAGCAGGGGAAUCGCGAUGCAGGAAAGAACGGGCGGUAGGAAUUUGAUUUUGCGAUUUUGAAUAAGGGAAUUGGCGCGAGGGUGCGCACGCAUCCCGUCUGACAGUAGGUCGCGGCAGCCGUAGAACGAAGGAAGGAGCUCGUGCGCCAGUGGCGCCGUACCACAACUGCCAUUGAUUUGGCGGCGGACAUAUUCAUGUGCUGAAUUCGCGGACCCACCGAGUGCUGACCGCGACAAGGCGAAAACGACACGACAAGGAGUGCGGCUGCAUCGGCCCGUGCCCCCCCGUAAGAAUCGGUGAUCCCGCCGCGACUUUGUGCCACUGCGGCUUCGAAAAGUCGAUUUCGAGUCGAAAACUGACAGAAGCAGGGUGUAUCGUGUAGUUUUUGUGAACACCGACAGAGCAUCAAACACACAAAAAAAAAUCAUAGGCCAGGAUCUAUUUUUAAAUUGACACUUUUGUGUUUGGUGUGUGCUAUUUUCGAUGUUUCCUCAGUAAAAAUAACCCGUGUGUGUCCACCGUCCAUACACAUACAGGAGGAGAUAGUAUGUCGCGACAACUCGGCCAUUUUUCGGUCGAGUGAGUGAGUUUUAAUCGCAUCUUGCGGAGUGCGAGAGGAGCCCUAUUUGAGACGUCAGACGAGUCGGGUGCAGCUCGCCGCGAUCGACGACGAGUCAGGUGUAGCGGUGCAGAGGUGUAGUGUGUCGGGAUGUUGCAGCGGAUCGGCCGUGGCCUCAGAUGAGUGUCUGUGGUGUUGACGGCGGCGAAGAGAACGAGCAGAACCGCACGAGCACAACACAGGUCAGCACAGCCCCCAGUAGCGGUUGUAAUGGUCCGCGGCCGACGGCAACCGGUUGUUUUUGUUGUUAGUUAGGUGAGUGGAUGUUGUUCGGCUGUCAGUGUUGAGUGCGGGGCGUUGCGAAGACAUAAUAGCAGCCACGGUGGCGUCAGGUCCAGAGUGUGGCGGCCCAGUGGCCGCCGAUAAGGGGGCCGAUUGCUGGUGGUCCCCCUUGGCGGCCAUGGGUUGCUUCGGGAAUCGAGAGGCGGCCGGCCCCACCGAAGACACCAGGACUCAGAAACGUAUCAGUGAUCAGAUCAACAAGCAACUCGCCAAAGAGAAACAGGUCUAUCGGGCUACACACAGGUUGCUCCUUCUCGGUGCUGGUGAGUCCGGCAAGUCCACCAUAGUCAAGCAGAUGCGGAUUCUGCACGUCAACGGCUUCAGCGAGAGAGAAAAGAAACAAAAGAUUGAGGAUAUCAAGAAAAACAUUCGAGAUGCCAUUAUUACGAUAUCGGGCGCCAUGUCAACGCUAUCGCCUCCGGUGCCGCUGGAGAAGCCGGAGAACCAGGCGCGCGUGGACUGGAUCCAGGACUGCGCCACCGGCCCGGACUUCGAUUACCCGCCGGAAUUCUACGAGCACACCGAGGCCCUCUGGAAGGACCGGGGUGUGCAGGCGACGUUCGAGCGCAGCAACGAGUACCAGCUGAUCGACUGCGCAAAGUACUUCCUCGACCAGGUGCACAUCAUCAAGCGUCCGGAUUACACGCCCACCGAACAGGAUAUACUGCGUUGCCGUGUCCUGACCAGCGGCAUCUUCGAAACGCUCUUCCAAGUUGAUAAGGUCAACUUCCACAUGUUCGACGUGGGCGGUCAGCGGGACGAGAGGCGGAAAUGGAUCCAGUGCUUCAACGAUGUGACCGCGAUCAUUUUCGUGACGGCGUGCAGCUCGUACAAUAUGGUGCUGCGCGAGGAUCCGACGCAGAAUCGACUGCGCGAAUCGCUGGACCUAUUCAAAUCGAUUUGGAACAAUCGCUGGCUACGCACCAUCUCCGUCAUCCUUUUUCUCAACAAACAAGAUCUGCUGGCCGAAAAGAUUCUGGCGAACAAGAGCAAGCUGGAGGACUAUUUCGGCGAGUUCGCGCACUAUCAGACGCCGCCCGAGGCCCAGAACGAGGCCAACGAGCCGACGGAGGUCUUUCGGGCCAAGUACUUCAUAAGAGAUGAGUUCCUGCGUAUAAGCACAGCCUCUGGUGAUGGCAAACACUACUGUUAUCCCCACUUUACUUGUGCCGUCGAUACGGAAAAUAUCAAGAGAGUGUUUAAUGACUGCCGUGAUAUCAUUCAGCGUAUGCAUCUUCGCCAAUACGAACUUUUAUAACCGCCCACCUGUUUUUGUAGUCAUCCCCCAUACAAGCCCGUCUCUCCCAACCUCCACUAUCCUGUCUACACCCGCCUCGUUUGUUGUUUUUACGUCUGGAUACUUCUGGUUACUCUCGUCUCCAACGCUGAACGUCUGACUAACGUAGAUGUUUUCGCUCACUUCCAUGUUAUGUUUGCUAGGGACCGUCGUCAUAUUUUGACUCAAAUAGUAAGAAGUAAAAUUAUAUAUGAUUAUAUAUAUAUUAUAUAGUAGGGAUGAAUGUUCCUUUCAGUUUUAAUUAAACAUUAUUUGGUAAGAAUACAGUACCAAGACCAUUAUUUUUUAUUUCUUUAUACAUUGACUUUAUAUAAAGCGUACUCUUGAACAUUGUAGGGUAUAAAUUUAAGUGUAUGCUGAAUAUUUUACUUUAUAUACACUUAAGAUUCAAUGCACAAGUUAGUCUAUACAAGUAUACCUGCGAAUAUACAUGAUAAUGAAACGCAAAAAUUACAGUUUUGUGCUAUUGCAUUUAAACGGGUAUUAAUUACAUAAUAGGAUACAAUUAACACAAUUUAUGAUGUACAUGAAACUAGAAAAAUAAUGAUAUGUUCCAUUUAGGUUAAUGUGUGAUGCAUUUGUCCUCUUGGUACGGUAUUCCGAACAAAUACGCUAUUUAUCACUGUCGUCCAAAAUUUAUCGCCGGUCUCCACUUUUUCGUUUCUCUGAAAAAAUGAAAAAAAAAAUAUAUAAAAAUAAAUAAAUAAUCUCAGCAGUCGUGACGCAACAGUAGGACCAACAUUUACAACGCAAUAUUAUCGUUAGUUAUCACAUGACUGGCCAAUCGUAAAGUGGGCACAUCGUUGCAUAAAGUGUUACAAAGAAUUGGUCGAUCUCUGAAAUGGAUGAAAUGCGAAUGAACUUCCGACCCCGAACAUAGGACUCGUCAAAUAGAGUACAAAUUACGAACAUGAAUUUAUAUCGGUUUCCCCUUCUCCCAUUAAACGGAUCAUUUUUCAAGCCAGUUACAUGAAUGUACAAUAUAAAAGUCGAUUGAUUAAAUUGAUUUUCUAGAGACCAAAACUCGUUUAAAAAAAGUUUUUAUUCAAGAACGCCAAUAAAAUGAAAUGUUGUUAUUGCCACGUUAUCGUUGAAGUUGCAUUAUGUUUAAAUACGUGCAUUUAUGAAAUUUUAUGUGUAUUAAGUGUAUUGUAUGUUCAUGUGUAAGCGCCUGACACGCUGAUAUUCGAUACAUUUCGUUUUUCUUGUUUUGUGUACCUGUUAUUCGUUGAGCAUUGUGCCAAAAAUAUUGUCAAGGACUACAUUAUAAAGGUGCGUGUCUGACGUUUAUAAUUGAGUUUUUAUUUGGUUUUAAAUUGUGAUUAAAUAUGUAUAGAAUCCAUUUCCAAAAAUACCUAUUAUAAACCUGUUGAGACGUUAUUCAAUUAACGUUAUUAUUUUUUUUAUUUACGUUAACAUAUUUUUACAGACAUUUUUAUAUUUAUUGUAUUUGUUUUGUUUUGUAUAAUAUAAACCUAUUGUUAGUGCAAUAUUUUUUUCGUCGAUGCCUAGAGUAAUUUAAACUGGUCGUUUUUUGUGUUUAUUUGCUUUGUGUCACUAAAAAUUGUAUCUUUUCAACUAGACGAGGUAAAAAAAUGAACAUCUUUAUUUUAUAGUGAAGUACUUAAGUGUAAUGUGUAGAUGAUACUGUAAUGCAUUUAACUAUAAAUAAGUUUAAUAUUCUAUAGAAGACACUCGUAUUCAAUAAUUUCCUGUCUUGAAACUUCGACGACAUAAGGGGUCACAACCACGUUACAUGUAUUCUUUGAUUCCGUCAGUUUUCGACGUGUUUCGGCUCACUGUCUCAUGAUUUAUUUUGAGUGAGCCAAUCUGUUGAUUAGAUACAAAUUUUAGUGGCGACAAUUCAACACACAACGUGUAACAUGAGUUAGCAAUGGAGACUAUGUUUAAUUUUUACAAAAAUAAAAAACUGUAGAUGCACAAAAAGAGUGUAAAGUUUAGAUUUAUGUCCAAACUAAAAACUUGUAAAUUAAGGUAUGGAAACUAGUGUAAUAAAGUACAUCACUUAUAGAUGAAUGUUGAUGCCAUAGUUGACAAUGAAAGUAACCAAACGUGGAUACAUCUCUGUAAAUAGAAAGUACUUCUGUUUACUUUAUGUAUGGUGACAUUAUGAUAAAUCUUGGAAAAUAGAAACUUACAAAGUGUAAUACUAGUGAUACUGUAGACCAAUACAAAAAAUCACCAUUCUUCCAAAAAUAAAUAAAUUAAAUGUUAUCGUCUAUUAUCUGGUCUUUGAAAUUUUGUCACUAAAUAACCGUGUUUGGUUGAUUUGCAUUGAUACCAAAGGCAUUUUUGUAAAUUUCAUGUCCUUAGUUGAUCCUUUUUAUUUUUUCAAACUGUACCUCUUUGUUUUUUUUUAACAUCUUUUGUUUAUACGCAGAUUUGUCACUCCGAUGAAUUCAUGCUUUUAUUAGUUCUGUAGUGACUAAUUAAUAAUAAAUAUAUGUGACGCUAGUCUAAGAACGAAAACGGUGAAAUUGCGUGCUUCAAUAUCCGCAUAGGCCAAACCAAGUGUGGACGAGUUUCGCUGUUUUAGUUAUAAAAGUUUACUGAAUGUUAUAUUUGUUAAUAAAUUAUAAAUAUUUAUAUCUGUAAGUGGGUCUGUGGUCAAGUAGUAGAAUGUUUCAUGUUCUCAAUUUCAAUUGCUUGUAUCAUAUUUAACACACUACUGAAUGUAUAAUGUUAUAGUAAAUGGACAAGUCGUUGAGUAGUUGAUGGUUUCGGACGACCUAACCUGGCUGAUUUUAUUUUUUAUUUUUAAUUCAAAGCAGAAAAUUAUUUUGCACAAACCAUCAACCAUCUCAAACUUGCUGCUGUCAAUUUUACUUCUUGACUAUACACACACUAAAAUGAGAUCGACGGAUCAUGUAAUAUCAACAUAUUGCUGUGUUAUUGUUUUUUGUUAUUAUAUUUAAUAUUAUUACAUAGAGAUAUGUUUACAUAUGUUAGACCUCAACCUAACACGUUUUUUUAAAUGACAUUUCUCAGCAAUAAACGCGGCAUAUUAACGUGACUUUUUAAAGCGAAUUAUUUUAAUAAUCACUUUGUACAUUUGCAUUUUAUGUUUGUGUUUUAAAACAAAUUUCACGUAAAUACGACGCAAUUAUGCUGAUUUUCCUAUUUGGUAAAGAAUAUUUUUAUUUUUACGAGUACUGCCUAAAUAGAUUCAAAUCUUUUACUGCUUUAAUUUUCUGUAACAGCUAUAAAUUUGAGGAAUAUUGAAUUCGCAGAGACAUAUUGUCAAAUGUGUACUAAAAGCAAGUAUUCUUAUGUACAAGAAAAUUACCACAUGUAAAUUAUAUAUGUAGAGGUCAAUAAAAACAGAAUGGUGAUAUUUAAAUAAUAGAAGAUAUUUGAAAUUAAAAAGAAUAUAAUAUAUCGUAAGGAAACGAUUUUGACUAUGUUUCUUUUCUUCACACUUCAAUGUUAUAGUUUUUACUAGAAAUGACCAAAUCUAAAGUAACUGCAAUAUAUCAUUAUAAUUUGUCCUUGGAUAAAAAUAGUAAUAUGCUGAUAGGCUACAUCAACUGUCUACCCUUUCUCCUACUCAUACCAGAUUGAGGGAAGUUUCCCCAAUAGGUUUAAUGAAAAAUGCACAACUGCAGUAUAAAAAGCAAUUUUGUGUAGGAACGAUUGAUCCCCAAUUGUAUCCCUCAUAUUUAUCAGAUGAUUGUACACGUUCUACUUAUACAUACAAUUUCUAUGAAAUUAAUUCAUUUAGAGAUUCACUAAUGAAACCAAUGUGUAUUUAAAUAUUUUCAAAGGAUGGCUCAUUUAUACAAUUAAAAUUAAUAUUAUAACUGAAUGGCUAGUCUCAAUAUGUACAAUGGUUUUAUUAAAAGGACGAUAAAUAUGAGGGAUCUGGUCCUGAGCCAUAUUCUCCCUUCUCCCUAAAACUAUGAAUGGAGUGUACUGUACACAUGAUGAAUAUGUGAGUGAAUAAAAAUAGUUGUGAGCUGAAAUAAGCAGUAUUUUUUUGUUUUAUUUGUUUAUUGUUUUCGCCAAUAUUGUAUAUGUGAACACAGUGAGUGGUUCAUAGCAUGUGCUGUUUGAUAAAAACUGCCUGUAAUGAAUCGCGUAUCUAUAAAUAUAUAAAUAAAUAUGAAAUUAUGUAACUAAAUGAACUGUAAUAAAUAUGUCUUAUUUA